AUGGCAUCCAAACUUGCUACAGUCGAUGAGCUGAGUGACGCUGAGCCGGCCAAACACCCGAAGCCAAGGCCCAAACGUCGCAGUCUCAAUGUCCACAACCUUGGAAGGAAGCGAGCUUUCCAUGUACGUGACCCUGCUUCAAAUGACCGUGAUGAGUGGUGCCCAUAUGAUGGACGUUACACAACCAAAGAAAAACGGGCCCCAUCUGAUGCAUGGAUCAAAGUACAUGCUUUUUUGACCCAGCUCUAUGCAGAGGCUGGGGAGGCCAUUCCUGAUGGAUGGAAUUCAAACAAGAGGCCACGGAGUGGGUCUACAAAGCUGGAUUCUCCAGGUUUGGAUAGGACAGAGAUGCGUCAUUUGCCUCAUGCUACGAUCUCUGACUACUGGCGCCAAUGUGUGGAUGCCCAUCCCGGUGUGGUGAUCAGCCGGAAACUAGCACAACAUGCCAUGCUGAAAAAGCAUUUGGAUCGACAACACAGAGACAGACAGGUUUACUAUGCUGCGAGGGCUAGAUCCAGAUUGGGUGCCACUACGACGGCUGAGAUCCUUUGCCAUGGCCUCGGAAAGUUGGCGGACAAAGUGGAUUUUCGCUCAGACAUUGAUGCUCUUUUCUCCAAUCUGAGAAAUCACAUUGAAACAAACCGGGAACUUUGGACCCCUUUUGCUUUCCGAAACUGCAUUCGUGACUUUUUCGAAGAUGCAAGCCACCGCCCCUACGAGCCCAUGAGAUCAGUUGAACUGCUCACCCGCUACAAAGAUUGGACAAAUUGGCUUUCCCAUCACUUCGAGCAUGCCCAGUUGACUGGUAUCGGAGGCCCAGGUGCCCCACAUGUGAUACGCUUGGAGCGUAUUGGAUCUUCAGGAGUGUCGCGGGACUCAGUGGAUUCACACUUCUGGGACCGACGGGAAUACACGCCAAGCCCAUCAGAUGUCAUCAUGAGGACGAAGCAAUGGAUGAGUGAUGGCACUUGGCACCCCACGACCUUUCUUUUCCUUCCAGCCUCAGUUGCACAGAGAGCCCAAGGUCAGGAUCCUUUCGACAUGCACGAUGCUGCCCAACAACUUGAGGAUUUGUCCUAUGGAUUUACUGAUCCUUCUUGUUUGGACGUGAGCUGGUGGGGUCUUACCAAAUGUUAUCAAUCUGCUUCACCAACUUUUGAACUUGCGUUUAAAACUUGUUUUUGA